AUGGUUUUAUCUCAAGUGGACUUCGCAAGCAGCGGUUUCGCAGCUUUUAAUGAAGCUAUGGACAUCGCAGAAGCAAAGGAGUCUUUCAACUGUGCAGGCAUUUUUGAGUUUAUAUCGGAUCCAGUUGUAAUGGAUCGAUUGGCGAGCUUGGCCUCAGAUCGUCCUCAGUGUUUUUCUAUGGGAGGAAAAGACAGUGAAGUCGAACUUCAGAACGCAAUCGAGUCGCGCAUAAUCAAUCUAGACGAAGGGGAAAAGAUCAGAUCUUGCCUACAGUUUCUGAUGAAAGCUGACGAUAUGCUGGGUUCUUGA